ACCAUCCAUUUCAAAUCUCUCCUCCUCUCUAGCUAGAACAACACCAUUGAUCAAAACACAAAAACCAUUUAAAGAUUUCUCAUUUGAGGAAGCAUGGCUUCUUCAUCGUCAUCCAUUAAGGAUAACAAUUAUCCAGAAUGGAUCCCUAACCUAACUCCAAGGAGGUCACCAUUUCCACUCCUUGGCAACAAAGAAAAAAAUGAUGAUAUUGAUCAUUUGGAAGAAAUCAAGAAUAAGAACAGUUCAUUUGAGGCUGCAGGGGUUUUCUUGACAUGGGAAGAUUUAUGGGUUACUGUAGGAAGUAGUGAGGAUACUGAUAAAGCUAUAAUCCAAGGGCUUAAUGGGUAUGCUCAACAUGGGGAGAUAUUGGCUAUUAUGGGCCCUUCUGGUUCUGGCAAGUCAACUCUUCUUGAUGCAUUAGCAGGAAGAUUAGCCUUGAACACAAGACUUUCAGGCUUGAUCAAAGUAAAUGGUCAAAGACAAACGUUAGCUUUUGGAACAUCGGCAUAUGUUGCUCAAGAUGAUGCACUAACAACAACAUUAACAGUGAAAGAAUCUGUUUACUACUCUGCUAUGCUCCAAUUACCUGAUUCCAUGACCGUUUCUGAAAAGAAACAAAGAGCAGAGACGACAAUAAGGGAAAUGGGAUUACAAGAAGCAAUGAAUACAAGAAUAGGAGGCUGGAGCGGUAAAGGACUUAGUGGAGGACAAAAGAGAAGAGUAAGCAUUUGUAUAGAGAUUUUAAAACGUCCAAAGCUACUCUUUCUAGACGAACCCACAAGUGGUCUCGAUAGUGCAGCAUCAUACCAUGCCAUGAACAGAAUUGUGAAGCUUUCGCAACAAUGUGGUAUGACUGUUAUCGCUUCCAUUCACCAACCAAGCCAUGAAGUUUUUGCUCUCUUUAAUAAUCUUUGUCUACUUUCUUCUGGUAGAACUGUUUAUUUUGGUCCAGCAUCUUCAACAGAUGAGUUUUUCGCAUUAAAUGGAUUCCCUUGCCAAAGUAUGAGAAAUCCUUCGGAUCACUAUCUAAGAACUAUCAACAAAGACUUUGAUAACGAUGAGGACAUUGAAAAAGGUUUGGCGCAAAAUAAACCGGUAACUACAGAGGAAACAAUUAACAUUUUAAUUGAGUCAUACAAGUCAUCUCAGUUCUUCCAACAAGUACAUUAUCAAGUUUCCGAAAUAUCUAAAAUGGAAGGGAGAGUACUUGAGAAAGGAAGUCAAGCUAGCUUCUUAACACAAUCAUUUAUCCUUACAAGAAGGUCUUUCGUAAACAUGUACCGCGAUUUAGGCUACUACUGGUUACGUCUUGGAAUCUAUGUUUCACUCUGUCUUUGUAUUGGUACCAUGUUUUAUGACAUUGGCCACGAUACUGGUUCAGUACAGGCUAGAGGUGCAAUGCUUAUGUUUGUAGCCUCAUUCUUAACUUUCAUGUCAAUUGGCGGAUUCCCUUCUUUCGUGGAGGAUGUGAUGAUAUUUGGCAGAGAAAGAUUAAACGGGCAUUACGGUGUCGCAGCUUUUGUAGUUGGAAACACACUUUCCUCUAUACCAUACUUGCUUAUAAUCGCCGUAAUCCCGGGAGCUAUUGCUUAUUACUUAGUUGGUCUUCACAAAGGAUUCGAGCAUUUUCUCUUCUUUGUUCUAGUAAUUUUUGCAUCAGUGAUGUUAGUCGAGAGCUUAAUGAUGCUCGUGGCUAGUAUAGUUCCUAAUUAUCUUAUGGGUAUAAUAAUUGGAGCAGGAAUUCAGGGAAUAAUGAUAUUGAACGCUGGUUUCUUUAGACUACCGGAUGAAAUUCCAAAUCCUUUUUGGAAAUACCCAAUGUACUACAUUAGUUUUCAGAGGUACGCGAUUGAAGGACUCUACAAGAAUGAGUUCGAAGGAUUAAGUUUUCCUAGGAAUCAAGGAAGUGGUUCAUCAACUAUUACUGGUGAAGAAAUUUUGAAAACAGUAUGGAAAAUUCCCAUGGGUUAUUCGAAAUGGAUCGACAUGGUUAUCCUGUUUGGAAUGGUGGUUUUAUAUAGGCUAAUGUUCUUUAGUCUUAUCAAGAUUUCUGAAAAACUUAAACCAAUUUUACAGACUUUCUUAGUUGCACAACGUAAGCAAACAAAAUGUACCGGUUAAAUAUCGCACCCGUAAGUAUUAUGCGAAGCGGUACUAUUAUAAGGGGGCGAACGAACUCGCACGUAUUAUACCCCAGAUGACGGAAUCAAUGACGUCAUAAGGUCACGAGUAAAAUGUGAACCCAGUGUGAAGUUCAUGAGUACGUGCAAAUCGAUCCAAUACACGGGUGCGAGCACAUCGCACGUCAGAUCCGAAAAUAGGGGCUUUAUUAACUUUCCUCCACUAUGUAAAAUUCCUGUAUAUAGGACCAACCAUCCUUGUGUUGGGAGAGAGAUCCUUUUAGAGAGUUGAGAUAGAAUUAUAGGAGAGAGAAAGUUAUUUUCUACCCAAGUUAGGGUUUUAUCUUCUUCUUUUCUUGUAUUGAUUUCUAAGCUUAAUAAAGUUUUUAUAAGUGUUUUUCAUGA